GUAUGUUACGCAGAGGUUUUGACCAAUGAGCUGAUUGUGCGUUUUAUUUUGAACGUGAAGGUGGCGGUUUAGACGAUAACGCUUGUUUUUACAAUAUCAGUCAAGUCAGGAUUAAAAUAAACAGUAACGUUCAUAAAUCGCUUAUAAGAUAUUACUCUCAAAACAUGUCAUCUGUCAAUGGCUUGUCAAAUACCAAACCAGACAGAGUCCCGCUCAGAGAUGUACAGAAUGAACUGUUAAAUAUGCAGGACACUCCAACUCUUAUGGUUAAACAUGCAUCGACGCAUGUGAAGGACUCAAACAUGAAGCAUGAAGUUGCUCUUGGUGAAAAUCCAUCAAGCCUAACUAUCACAACAGAUGUCAAUAAUAGUGGUCAAACUGUGGAUGCCACUGAUGAACAUCAAGACCUCAUACUAAAAUCUUUUGCUUGCCUUGAAGGAGAAGUAGUAGUUGAGGAUGAACCUGUACUGUCAGAUAUAUCUGUUUUAAUCGGCCAUCUUGGAUUGGAGGAUAAUGUUCCACUUCAAAGAGACCCUAAUGAGACUAAUAUAAUUGAGGACACCAAGGAUAAUGAGACCAGCGAAGAGCAUGUUGAUCAUCCAUACUCUUGUAGGAGCAGAUCUACAGGUUACGGUGCCUCAUCCAUACUGCAUCAGGAUGUAGAGGUGGAAAAUGUUACAUUUAAAUCAUUUAUGUGCUUCGGUGGAGAGGUUCUUGUUUCAGAUAGCUCGGCUAUCUCUAAUGAAUCCAUUAUCAUAAAGGAUCUUGCAUCUGGAAAUAACUCUCAAUACAAAGCUACUCCUGUUUCUAAAGUGGACACAGAGGUUGUAUCUUUAAACCCUCAACCUUUAGGCCACUCCUACUGUAACUGGAAGAGUCACGAGUCUUUUAUUGAAGAUGGCUGCAACAUCAGUACAAUCAAUGAUGCAUCUCAAUCAACUGUUGAGCACAAUGUUGGUACUCAAUGUGAGCACCCUGAUCUCUCAGAAGGAUGUUGUGGUGUAUCUAAUGAGCAAGAAGAGAUCACAUUAAAAAGCUUGAGCUGUUCUGGGGUUGAAAUAGAAAUUGCUGAUCUAUCCAAGGUGUCAGAAAUGUCUUUACUUCAAGAUAAUCUUGCUGAGGAACAAAGUCUGAAUUGUGUAAAUGAUGUCACUGAAAAUUAUGGUCAAAGCUUUGCUAGUUUGACUCCUGGAAGCAAGCAUAUUGAUCAUAUGUACUGCCAUGCUAAGGAAAUGUCUCAGGUCCUAAAUGUGUCAAGCACUGAAAACGAGCUCUUUUCCAAGUCACAAUGUCUUUCGGAAAGGUCUGGAAAUACAGUUGAUGCAACAUCACCUUUUGGACACAUUACAGAGGAAAAGUUUGUGUCUGUGAGAUGCCUUGAAAUGAAGAAAUCAAAAACACAUGAGCAGUCAAGCCAACACUUGUCUGCAUCGAAUUGUGAAAAUAAAACUGAAAGUUCAGAUGUUUCAAAGUUAAACAACAGUGAUGACAAACCCAAGAAGCCCAAGGAUGAUGAAUCUUCUGUCAUGACUGCAAAGCAUCUGGAAGAGCUUGAUCCACAGUUUAUGACAGAAAUAAAGGAGCCAGUUUCACACUCUGAGGAAACCCUUUGUCCUCAAGUUGCUGUUUUGGAAAAUGUUGACAGAGAAACCAACAUUCCCAAAGAUAAGACACUGAGUUUAAAGGAUGAAGAGAUACACCCAGAGAUUGAAGUUAUGCGAUUAUGUGAUGCAUCAAGUCAAGCCAUCUCAGAUCAUCAAGAUCUUCCUAGUGCUAUUGCUCUAACAAGAUCUUGUACUCCUAAGACACCCACCCUAAGUAGGAGUGUUUUGCAUGAUCCGUCAGCCGAGAACCCAAUGAGCCAUCUGUGGCCCGAGCUCCCGGAGAGUCCCAUGCCACCUCCUCUGUUGAACUCUACAUCCCUGGUUAAUGCUUUUAGCUACACACCUGUUCCUUCAGAUCCACCCAAGAAAAAGGAUGUGAAACCUUCUGCAGACCAUCAGAAUGAGUUAAAUGCCCCUCCAGUUUUCGGCAAUGGGCCUUUACAGGAACAACUAAGACAAAUGGCUGAACUGUUGAUAGUUGCUUCAGGAAAGAUGGUUGUUCCUGCUCCAGCACCAGUGAAUCACCACAAUGUUUCAGUGGGCACUUCUCCAGUAUCAACGCGCAGUGUUUGUGUGUGGAGCACACCAGUUCAGCGAAUGGAGCGCAGUGUUAAUACUUCAACAACGGAGAUUUGCAAACAGGCUAAUGUUUCUGAUGCUAGCACUUCAACAGACUCCCUUCUAUGGAAUUUGUCUCCUGGAAAUCUAGAGCAUCUGUCUAGAACUGAGUUGGAGCAGAGGUUGACCUCUACGCUCAUUAUGGUGGAGGUUCUUACCCAACAGCUCACUUCUUCUCGGGCUCAUAAUCCAAGCAAAGAUGCUUCGCCAUCUGAUCUCAGAGAAAAGCUCAUCCAGACAGACCACACUGAGCUCAGACAGAAUGGCACAUACAGAGAUUUGUAUGGGACUGCCCUGGAGAGAAUUCAGUGUCUUGAGUACGAUCAGGAGAUUCUUCACAGUCUAUAUAACAGCAUUCAAGCAAUGAGGGUUGGACUGAACUCAUUUAAGUCAAGCACAGAGGAUGCCAUCCUCAAGAUGAAACAGAUUGGAGCUUCUGUUACUGCAGAUCAAGAAACUUUAUCUAGACAGGCCAGUCAGAUGAAGUCUCUUUAUGGGAGGUAUAAGGGAACACUUCAAAGAAUGGAGGAGAAGAUGAAAGACAUGAAGCAGCGUAUGGAUGCGGCACUAGAGGAGAAGGAAGCUGCCUUCAGCGUAACCCAGCAGUUGCGGGACCAUCACAUUUCCCAGGUGGCUGAGCUAGAGGACACAAUUGGGUCUCACCAGGAACUAAUGUCAGCACUCAAACUGGCCUACCCAUCACUGGUUGUACUGAGCAAGUCAUACACAGAAUCCUUCAGUGCAGCAAGUGUCCAUUCGAGAAGGAUGCAAGAGGAUAACAAAAAAUUGUUUAAGGAGCUGAGAAAGGCUCAGGAACUGGUUCAGAGGAUAAACCCAGUACUUCGCCAUCUCCAUCAGAGAACCACAACUGCCAUGGAGCAGAGCAAGCAGCAUUUGGAAAUAAGAGACCGAGCCGUGGAAGAGAGAAACAUGAUGGAAAAUGAACUAGAGCACAUGAGGUCAAGCUUGCAAGAUGCCAGUCAGCAGAUUUCAGACUUGAACAUGCAGCAGACCAUCAUGACUUCAGAGAUGUUAGUCCUAAGAGAGCAGCUGAAUCAGGCAGAAGAUGAGCGCUUUCUGCUGCAGAGGAGAAGCACUGAGCUCUCAGCCACAGUCACGUCCACACUGGCCUCUUACGCCUUCCUGGAACAGACCCUCGCCUCUGAGACCAGCAAGUUGCAGCAGUCAGUGUGUGAUGCACAGCAAGCUACAGAGAGAGCCAACUGUCUUGAAGAAGCGCUGGAAACUUCUAGGAAACAGCUAGAGGAAUUUGAGGAAGCACUGUUACAGAGAGACAUCUUGAUUAAAGAGCUCCAAACUGAAGCUGAGAUUCACCGCCGUCAGCUCGGUCAGAUGGAUCAACUUCAGACUGAACUCUCCAGUGCCAAAGAAAUGAGUGAAUUCUUGCAGGCAGAAAAUGAACUGGCACGUGAACAGAUGGAAGAAAGUGAGCGACUGCUGCGAUGCCAUUUACAGGGCCUUAGAGAGAGAAACCUGGAGUGUGAAGACCUCAAACUUGCACUGGAGCAGCUGCGGCUUGAGAAAGAGUCUCGACAGGAAGAGCUGGACACCACACGGGACAAAGCUCGGAGGAUGUUGCUGGAACAGGGAGAGCAGAUGGCUCAGGCGUGUAAUGAUGUCAUGCUCCUAAACCACAGAGUUUGCAAUCUCACAAACAUCCUAAAGGAAUCCCUAACCUCCAAGGAGUCAAAGUCCUCUGAAAACACUCUGCAAACUCAUCGACAUCCCUCCAGCUCUUUUGUGGAUUCUAUUAUGGUGGCUAUUAUGAAGACACAAGAACCUGAAACAGAGACUUCACAGGAUUCAGAGGAGAGGGAAGAGCCACAAGACUGUAUUGGCAGCGAAACCAGCGCUUUUACCCGAAUACUGCAAACUACACAGACUGAAGUAAAAGAGGUGAGACGGAGCCAUAUGCUGGAGCUGUUGUCUGAUUUGGGUGAGUCCAUCUCAGAUCUUCUAUUGAACUUAGACCAACUGAGAGUUCAGAAGGACAUGGAGCAGCAGACUCUGAAACAGACCAUAUGUGGCCUGCAGGAGGCGAUGCAGGAAGCAUCUCAGACACACACCCUGGAGGUCUCGCAGCUGCGGCAGACUGUGGACAGACUGCAGGCUCAGGUGGACAAAGAUGCUUUGGUCCUGCAGCAAAAAGCUCAGGAUGAAAGAAACCUGAGGAAACUCUGCAGUGAGAUGGAGGAGAAUAUGGAAGCGGCACACAAAUACAAAGCAGAGAAUAAUGAGUUGCGUCGAGAAGUUGCUGAUUUGCGUCGGCUGGUGCAGCAGACACAGGUGGAGGUUCAGGCCUUAAGGGAGGAGCUUGACCAGUCGGGCAUCCAAUCAGCAGCCAGUGCCAAAACCUUAGAUGAAAGAAUCAGACUUCUCCGAGAGGUUGAGAAGCUCAAAGCAAAUUUAAUGGAAACUGAGGAAAAUCGUGCUAAGGUCUUGGAGAGGGCGAAAAGACAUCAAAGGGUCCAUGCCAUGAACCAGAGUAAAAUGGAGCGAGAACUACAUCUGCUUGACGACAUGAUUGAAACUGUCAGACAGACAUUGUCCUCUAUACCCGAUCUGGUCAAGAGCUGUCCUGAAUUACAAAAGCUUGCAGAAUUUCUUGGAUAAGUUGGCGAAAGUUAACAAAUGUGUUAGUUGAAUUUUUUAAAAGUAAUACAUUAUCAGUAAACCAUUUAAACUAAAUAAAAUUCUUUAGACAUUAUUUCUAGAGAAGUGUUGGCCAAUCAGCUGACUUUGUAAGAUUGAUUUUAAUGUUGAAUUAGUGUAAUGACACAAUCUGUUCAAAAACGUCAUCAUCUUAAUUUAAAUUCUGUACAUGUGUUUUAAACUAUUAGAAUUGUUACCAUUAACAAAUAAAUAAAUUUAACAGAAAUUCCCGACUGAA